AAUCCGGGUUAAGUCAUAGGUCGCUGUGGUCGCCAUGUUGCUCAAUGAAAUUAGCUUCCAACAUUGAGUAUCUGAUAGCAAUAUUGUAACGUUUAUGUUCGCCGUAUUACAUUUGUUGCUACAUUUGUAUGGUUCUAAAAUGACGUAGGGAAUAUUAAACGACAAAAGAGGCCCUAUACCAUAUUAUUGAGCUAACUAGUGUAACACUGUCACGCAAUGCACCAUGGAAGUGGGUCACAGAACAUUCAACGACAACUCCAGAGAUCCAAGUCUGUUAGUGGUGCAGAAGUUGAGGAUCAGCAGCCGCAAGCGACCAUGGCAACGUCGCAGCAGCAAACCACAGUUACUCACCCUCAGUCUCCCGUGACCACGUUUUCUUCUGCUGCCAGCCCAUCGGCGCCUCAAUCUCCCAAUUAUCAGAUAAUCAUGAGUCGCAGCCCAGUCACUGGUCAGAACAUGAACAUCACUUUACAAAAUGUGGGACAGAUGGUGACCGGCAACCAGCAGAUUACCCUCACCCCGCUUCCCAUCCAAACCCCAGCAUCCCCUGGCUUCCAGCAUACAACACCACAAUGGAGGUUUGAGCACGCUCCAUCUUCCUACAUUCAGGUCGCGUCUCCUUUACCCCAACCCAUGCAGCCGCAAAGUCCCACCCAGCACAGCCCCGUAUCACUGCAAGGCGUCGCGAGGCCCGGAGCCCCCGCAUCUUCUCUUGCUGUGUGCGGACAGAGUCCGACACGGUUUGUGGAGGCGGGUAUGUUAGUGCGGCAAAUCAGUUUAGGCAGUCCAUCGGGAAGUGGUCAUUUUGUACACCAGGACGGCACAGGGCUGGCCCAGAUUGCAGCCGGGACUACUGGUCAAAUACAACUGUCUUCUCCAGCAGCACCAGGUUCUGUUAGGGAACGCCGUCUUUCUCAGCCUCACUCACAGACUGGAGGCACCAUUCACCACCUUGGACCUCAAAAUCCCGUGGCUACCAGUACUGCUCUCUCUACUUUGGGGAGCCCUGGACACAUUACCACUUCUAACCUACCUCCACAGAUCAGCAGCAUCAUAAAAGGACAGCUCGCACGCACCGUGAUAUUUGAUAAGACUCCACAGGGUGUAGUUGCUGCAGUUGGAUCCACAUCCACAGCAUCUUUUAGUAUACCUUCCACAAUCCCACCCUCCAGCUCCUCCCUCACCAGUUCAGCGCAAGCAAAUGCCAACAAUCCUCUUGCAGUCACCACCACUGCAGUAGGCACUGUUAAAAAGCAGUUUCCCAAGAGGUUCGAGGAGAUUGCUCCUUCCACUCCAGAGAUUGCCCAGCUACGCAAACAGUGCUUAGAGCACCAUGCCAAGAGGAUGGAGAGUUUAAAGGAGGUGUUCAAAGAAUACCUUAUAGAACUCUUCUUUCUGCAGCAUCUCCAAGGAAAUAUGAUGGACUACUUGGCUUUCAAAAAGAAGCCUUGUGUUCCCUUAUUUACCUACUUACGACAGAACGACUUGGACCUGGAAGAGGAUGAAGAAGAGGAGGAACAGUCCAAGGUCAUCAACGAUGAGGUAAAAGUUGUCACAGGAAAAGAUGGCCAAGCAGUGACGCCUGUUGCCAUAGCAACACAGCUUCCUCCCAAUGUAUCUGCGGCGUUCUCUGCCCAGCAGCAGUUUCAGGGACUCCAAGGACCAGCUGGCACGCUUGCCAACCCCGCAGACAUGGAUGCCUUCAAGAGGCAACAGGCUCUGGUGCAAGCAGAUCAGGCUAAAAGAUCCCGGAUUGACGUUGGUCGCCAUGGGCUGAUUUUCCAGCAUCCUGGUGUAGCUCCUUUAGGAUCGCCUGGCGUGCCACUCCAACAGCUUAUGCCAACUGCGCAAGGCGGGAUGCCGCCUACACCUCAAGCGGUCCAGAUUGCAGGACAGAAGCAGAACCAACAACAAUACGACCCAUCCAAAGGACCUCCAGUACAGAAUGCAGCUAGCCUACAUACGCCACCCCCUCAGCUGCCAGGCAGGUUGCCGCAAGGCGCUCUCCCCAUGGCGGGCCUGCCAGUGGCACUGUCCCAGCAGCCUCAGAUUGUGGAGAAUACAGUCCAACCUGGUGGUCAGCUCCAAGCGCAGGUGAAAGUGCAGGCAGGUGGCCCAAUCAUGGCAUCAGUAAAUCCCCACACACAACUCCAGGCCCAGCUCCAACAGCAGAUGCAAUCAGGUCUUCAUAUCCAGUUGCCUCCCCAGCAACAACAGAGCCAGGCAAUGCUACAGUCAGGGCAAGCGACGGUGACUCUUGGUCGUCCUCUUGUAGAGUCAACUCAACCUAUUCAAAGGCUUAUGACCAACUCAAUAUCCGUGUCAUCUACUCCUCUCCCUACUUCGAACUGUGUUGCGACCCCUCAAGCAACAAGUCCUCUGCGCCCCCUUGCUGCCAAUACAAACCCGAGCACGCAGUCCAAACUGACAGGAACCAAUGGCAUCUCUGGAAUCAAAAUGAGUGGUUUUGGGCAAAGUGUGACCAUGCAGGCAGCAUCGCAGGAGACGUCCCAGGAUAAACAAGUUGAGCAAGCUAAACUGGAGAACCAAGUGCAUCAACGCAUCUCUGAGCUUAGAAAGGACGGCCAAUGGUCGGCCAGCAGGCUCCCCAAACUUGUGGAGGCCUCUCGUCCAAAGUCCCACUGGGACUACCUCCUGGAGGAGAUGCAGUGGAUGGCAGCUGACUUUGUCCAGGAGAGGAGAUGGAAAGAGGCUGCGGCAAAGAAGCUGGCGCGCACAUGUGCUCGUUACCAUCAAGAGCAGAGGAAAAGUGAAGAGCGAUCAAAGAAGGAGAGGGAAGUUCAUCUUCGCCAUAUUGCAAGCACAAUUGCCAGAGAGGUGGAAUUCUUUUGGUCAAACAUUGAGCAGGUUGUGGAAAUUAAACUUCACUUUGAAAUUAAUGAAAAGAGGAUUAGGGCGCUUGGUUUACCAAAGGCAUCAGUCAAAGGUCAUUUUGUUGGAGAGACAGCUGAUAAAGAGGAGCUUCACAGUGCAUAUAGAAAAAGAAAAUCAGAUUCACCUUUGAGUGUUGAAGCUGAUGAAGACAGCACAAUAGAGCAACAGGAGGUGAUGGAGGGAGAAGCAGAUUACAAAGCAGAGUUGGUUGAGCUUGCCAAAGAUGCUGAGUUGCCGUUGGAUGCUCUGAGGAAGCAAUAUGCCGGUGCCUACACUGAAGGUUUUGAGUGGCCUCAGCCGAGUCCUCAAAGCAAUCAUGAUGAUGAAGAAGAACCUGAAGCAAUAACUUGUCCUCCAAGCAGUCCGCCUGAGGCAGUGCUCAUAGACUCUCUGCUUAUUGUGGACCAGUUUCGUAGUCCUGAGAAGAUGUAUUGUAAUUCUGAUGGGAAACCUGCCAGAGACAUAUCUGAAGUGGCUGCUGCAACAGAGCUCCUUCUGCCGAAGGGUACCUUCAAGAUCACUUCCUCGACUCACAACCCUGCACCACAUUUACUACAUGGCUCGCUGCGUGAAUAUCAGCAAAUUGGUGUUGACUGGCUGGUAAACCUGUACAAAAAGCACCUCAAUGGUGUCCUGGCUGAUGAGACGGGCCUUGGCAAAACUGUACAAACAGUUGCUUACAUGGCCCACUUAGCUGGCCAAGAGGGUGUUUGGGGACCCCACCUCAUUGUGGUUAGGACAUGUAAAUUGCUUAACUGGGAGGUGGAGUUCAAACGCUGGUGUCCUGGCUUUAAAAUCCUCUUGUAUUUGGGAACCGAGAGGGAGCGUAAGUUCCACAGAACGAGAUGGCGAGAAGCAAAUAGCUUUCAUGUUUGUUUAACAUCGUACAAACUGAUGAUGAAGGACCGCAGCCAUUUUCUGAGGCAAAGGUGGAGACACCUGGUUCUGGAUGAGGUGCAGCUCCUCAAAAAUAUGACUGAAAAACACUGGGAAACCAUAUUUGCUCUUCAAAGUGAGCAGCGGAUCCUCCUCAUCAAUACACCACUACAGAAUACUCUAAAGGAGCUAUGGACUAUGAUCCACUUCCUCAUGCCAGGAAUCACCAGGCCCUACUCUGACUUCCCUGUUAAGGCAGGCACAGACCAGAAUCAAGACUACUGCCACAAACUUGUCAUUCGCCUCCACAGGAUGAUUCAGCCUUUCAUUCUGAGGCGUUCCAAACGGGAAGUGGAAAAGCAGUUGCCAAAAAAGUACGAGCACAUCCUGAAGUGCCGCCUCUCCAGCAGACAGAAGAGCCUGUAUGAGGAUAUCCUUACUCAACCUGGAGCUCAGGAGGCCCUGAAGACUGGCCACUUUGUCAGCGUGCUUCAGGUCUUGAUGCAGUUGCAGCGUGUGUGUAACCACCCUGAUUUGGUUGUACCUCGAGAGACAAGCAGCUCCUACUUCUGCGCUCCACUGCUAUAUAAUAGCCCAUCACUUUUACUGGAUGCAAUGCAGAAUGACUUGAGCAAAGAUACAGACAUGUCCCUGUUUGACCUGAUCAAUAAUGAGAAUCGGUUGACUCGAUAUCAGACUGAAGAAGCAAUUCCCAAACUAAAGGUCACACAACAGCUCAUAGAGGAGAUCUACAGUGGUCCAGAAGCACCGCCACAUCCCAAGCCAUGUCCAAUAAAGCCAAUGAGAUUGUUCCAGCCAGUGCAGUAUGGGACAAAGCCAGAAGGGCGGCUAGUUGCCAUUACAAGUGCAGUAGGGCAAAAUCCUCCAACAAGCUCUUCUGCCACGACCAACUCUGUUUCCACAUCCAACUCAGCCCAGACGAGGGGAAAGUCGCCGGUCACCACUGCAGCUGCUAUCGCAACUCAAGGAGGGGAUGCAGUGAAAAUUGCCCAGCUGGCCAACAUAGCUGGAAGUCAGAAUCGUAUCUCCCAGCCAGAGACUCCUGUCACUCUGCAAUUUCAGGGCAACAAGUUUACGUUGUCCCCCAGUCAGCUCCGCCAGCUCACUACUGGACAACCUUUGCAGCUCCAAGGAAACAUUCUACAAAUUGUGUCAGCUCCUGGGCAGCAAAUCAUCAGGCCCCAGGGUUCUGUGGUUAUGCAAACGAUGGCACAAGCUGUCCCUAACUCCAAUGCCUCAGCUUCACCCAGUGCACCUCAUCCAGCUCUGCCAACAGUCCAGCAAGGUGUUACGACCAAUGCCACAGCAGCCUCUAACAAGCUCACUACAGCCUCCUCACAGGAGUCUUCAGAAGAAAAGACCCGGCAAGCAAAGCAGCGUUUGAGUCUUCUUUUUGAAGCCAACGAGCGACGCUGCCGCCGGCGAGUUUUAUAUGGGUCAGACUUGUUGCAGGCAUGCACUGUGAGCUCAGAGCCUGGGCACUGUGCUCUGACUGCUGGAGGCUGGAUGUGGGUGGGUCGGGAGAGUUGCGUCAGGGCCCGCAACACCUGUGUGGCAACCACCUCUGCACUGCAGUCUACCCUGCUCUCUGUUGAGAACCGAAUGCAGGCUACCAACAGCCUUGCCAAAAGGCUGGUAUGUGUGAUGCCUACAGCUGUUGCGCCACCUCCUCAGCUGUAUGCAGCCAAUCCUUCCAUCCCUUACAUCAUUAAGCAGAAGUUACUCCACUGUCAGCUGCAGGAAUUCUUUGCUCCCCAUACUGCUGACAUGCACCACUUGGUGGCCAGGCAUCGCUUCUAUUUCCCAGACCUUCAGCUACUGCAGAUGGAUUCAGGCAAACUAGAAGCUCUGGCCAUUCUGCUUCAGAAGCUUAGGUCAGACAAUCGCCGUGUCCUCAUCUUCACUCAGAUGCUGAAGAUGCUUGAUAUCCUCGAGGCAUUCCUCGAUUAUAGGCAGCUUACUUAUGUACGCGUGGAUGAAAGCUACACUCCAGAUGGGCGACAGGACACCAUCAGGACCUUUAACAGGAGCAGGCAGAUUUUCUGCAGCAUCCUGACAAACCACUGUUGCACUACAGUUGGAACAAUGUUGGAUGCAGACGCCAUCAUCUUCUAUGACACAGACCUAAAUCCCAGCAUGGAUGCCCGCACCCAGGAAUGGUGUGAUAAAAUUGGGCGUGCUCAGGAUAUACACAUUUACAGGUUAGAGAGUGGGAAUUCCAUUGAGGAGAAACUAUUGAAGAAUGGAACCAAGGACCUAAUCAGAGAGGUGGCUGCACAGGGCACUGACUAUACUCUGGCUUUUCUCACACAACGGACAAUCCAGGAUUUGUUUGAGGUAGAGCCAGGCUCAGGGGAAAAGGUGGAAGAGUUUGUUGUUCUUCAUCAGGAGCCGUCCGCCUCUGAGACCAUCUCUCCAAAAGUGGCUCGACCCUACAUCCAAGCUCUAUAUAGCAUUAGCUUGGAGGAUUCACCAGAAGCAGAUGGUGUGAAAAUUGAGGAUGUAGAUGUAACAUGCAGGCAGUCUGAAUUGGCUGAGGAGGAGCCAGAUAGCCAGGCUAAAGAAGAGCCUGCAGAGAUUGAGGAGUUGAAUGCAGUUAUGGAACAGCUCACACCAAUUGAAAGAUAUGCUCUGAACUACCUGGAGUACCUUCAUGUCAGUGAUGAUGAAACUGCUCUCAAGGAGCGAUUGAAGUGCUCUAAGAGAGGCUGGGAGCUGCAACAGCUGGAGAAACUGAAAGAGGAGGAGCAGGAACGGCAGGUGAUGGAGGGGGCUGAAGAGCUUUUCACCUACACAAGAGAGGAUGCCUACAACAUGGAGUAUGUAUUCGAUGCUGAGGAUGGGCAUACAGAAAUCAUGCCGGUUUGGACUCCACCCACACCACCACAGGAUGACAAUGAUAUUUACAUCGACUCUGUAAUGUGUCUGAUGUAUGACGCAACCCCCAUUCCUGAGGCCAAGCUCCCUCCGAUCUACAUCCGCAAGGAGCACAAGAGACUGAAACUGGACCCCUCAGCAGCAGCCAGGAAGAAGAAGAAGGGCCACGGGGAAACAGUCAUUCCGCCACGCUCCCUUUUCGAAAAGGCCAGCAUGCUGAAGGUUCGCAGGGAAGGGAAAGACCAGAAAAAGAACUUUUCCCUCAAGCAGCAGGCACCCUUUGCAAAGCCGCUGCCCUCGCUGGUUAAACCCGCCAUGGAGGCUGGUCAGGACAACCCAGAGUGGCUCAUCAGUGAAGACUGGGCUCUCCUUCAGGCUGUGAAACAGCUGCUGGAGCUGCCGUUGAAUCUGACAAUUGUGUCCCCUGCUCACACACCCAACUGGGAUCUGGUGAGUGAUGUGGUGAACUCCUGCAGCCGCAUCUACCGCUCUCCCAAGCAGUGUCGUAACCGCUACGAGAACGUCAUCAUUCCCAGAGAAGAGGGCAAGCUGAUGUAUGAGACAAACCCUAAGAAGAAAACAAAGAGCAUCUACAAGUCUAAGAAUAGCCGUCCUCUAAGGACCUGUCAGAUCUACACACAAGAUGACAACGCCACUCAAGUUCAGCUCUACAACAGCCGGUUUGAGCUCAUGAAAAUUAUAGCGAGCAAGAGGAGCCCACCCAUCAAACCGCUGCUAGGCAUGAAUCCAUUCCAGAAGAAUCCUAAACAUGCCUCAGUUUUGGCAGAAAGUGGGAUAAGCUACGACAAGCCCCUCCCCCCAAUUCAGGUGGCCUCUCAACGUGCCGAGAGGAUCACCAAAGAGAAAAAGGCUCUUGCAGAACAGCAGAAAGCUCAGCAGUUGGCACAGCAACAGCAGGCUGGAGCUCCCCAGGCCCAGACUGCACCCAGCCAGACCCAGACCCAGACCCCUGCUGCGGCCCAGGCCCAGGCUCAGGUCCCACAGGCUGCCACGGUGGCUGGAGUCGCUGCUGUCCCUAAUGUGGUUCUGGCUGGGGCGAUCAAAAACGCUACAGCGGGCACAACCAUCCAGGCUGCCGCUGUUGGUGGGAAUGUGAUUGUGAACACAGUUGCUGGAGUGCCUCCAAGUCCCUUCCAGGCCAACAAACGCCUGUCAUCUCCAGUCAUACCAGGCACCCUGUCUCCUGGUGGUCCUGCUGCCGGAGCACAGGUGGUCCAUGCGCAACAGAGAGCCAUUACUGCUGCUGCCCCUGCUGAGGUAGUUGCCAUAGCUACAGGGCAGGGUGUUCGAGCAGUUACCCCGGUAACUGCAUCUGCUGCAGCUUCAACCACUCUGAGCCCAGUCCAAGCUCAGACUCGCCCACUUGUCACUCAAGUAACACCAGCUACAGGUAUGCAGCUUGCACAAGGUAAGGGCCUCACCCCGGCCCACCUGCAGAUGCUUCGGCAACAACAGCUUCAACAGCAGCAGCAGGCUGCUUCUCCUCAGAUCAAAGCUGUAAAUAAACCCCAGAUGCACAAACAUAAGCUGCAGCAGCAGCAGCAGCAGGUCGCUGCAGCUGUGGCAGCAGCCGCAGCUCAGGGCCAACAGGCUGCAGGAGCCCAGCAGGCGCAAGUGCAGGCGACCCAGGCGGCUCAAGCAAGUCCUCAGCUAGCAGCGGUGGCGGCGCCAAGACCAGGAUCUGUUUUGACGGGCACCACAGUGGCCAACCUACAGGUGGCCAGACUGACCCGAGUGCCCGCCCAGGGUCAGAUUCAGACCCAGGCAGGCCAGACAGCCCAGAUGACCCUCACCAAACCUCCCGUUGUCUCCGUGCCAGCUGUGGUGUCAUCUGCCGGUGUCACCACGCUGCCGGUCACCGUAGCUGGUAUCAGCGUGGCAAUUGGCCAGGCCCAGAAAACGGGUGGUCCUGUGCUGACGCCGUCCUUCCCACAGAUGCAGGUGCAGCAGCUGCUUCAGAUGAAGAAGCAGCAACAGCAGGCGGCCCAGCAGAAGGCGGGACAGCCACAACAAGGACAGGCCACAGCGCAGCAGAAGGUAAACAAGGUUACGGUACAGGGUGCCCAGCCCACUCAGCAGCAGCAGAAGGUGACCUACACGACCACCACCCAACUUCAAGCCGGGAUCAAGCCCCAGUUCUUUACCACAUCCAUUGCCCAGACCCAGAAACCCACAGGACCUCAGCAAAUCCAGGUGGCGAAGCUCCCACAAAUAGUGCAACAGCAGCAGCCCACUGUGGCUAACAUUCAACAAAUUGUCUCGUCACCACAGCAGAUCCAAACGCAGCCUCAGACCGUGACGCUGACCACGUCGGCUCCCGCCCAGGUGCAGAUGAUUCCGGCUGGCGCCGCCGCAGCGCAGGUGGUUCAGCAGAAACUGAUCCAGCAGCAGGUGGUCGCCGCGGCCGCCUCGCCGCAGAUCCAGACGCCGCCCCCCCGCAGCCCCGCCCAGCAGGAGGCCACCGCGCCGCAGCCCGUUCAGUCCCAGCAGCCCACCAAAGGUCAAGCCCGCCAGGGUGGCAUACGAGCCAAACCCCCCGCCAAGCCCAGCGGGGGCAACAGUUAGGGGGGUGAAUUCAAUCAAAGUGUGUUCCUGCAGUUCCCACAGCGGAUGGUACUCGAGUGGUCUUCUGAGCCCACCGCCAGUAACAACAGUCCGUACACAAAGAAUCCCGUCGGUCAGCAGAAGUGUUCCAAUGUCGAAAUCUCAAUUUGUCAGGAAGUCCAACUCCUUUGUUCAUUUGUUGAAUGUUUAAAUCCCAAAAGAUCAAAUACCCCUACUAAAAAUGAACCCCUCAAGUUCCACUCUUAACACAACUCAGUCAUCGCCUGGCCUUCAACCUGACGCGUAUUGAUUUGGAGCCGGCCAAUAUGUGUAUUCUUCAAUAGUCCCUUGCAUGUCAAAUUCCUUUGUCGUGUUUAGAUACUGAAUGGAGAGUAGUGCACGUUCCUUUUAGUCUUUUUUUUUUUUUCUCUCCCCCCCCCCCCCCCCCCCCAAGAAAUACACUGUAAACAUGUUAGUACUUUGGGUUUCCUUAUUUUUUUUUUUUUAUUGUCAAAGAAAAUGUAAAUAUCUGUGGAAAAAAAACAUUUGUACUUGUAAAGUAGUUGUGUUUUCAUUUUUUUUUCCAGCCUAAUUGUAAUAAAGUGCUUUGUUUUUAUACACAAACAUCUUUUUUUAAUUAUUGGUUUUCCAUUAAAUCCAUUGUUAAGUGCCA